CUGAAGUCCAGAUCACGUGCCGUGUAAAAGCGUCCAUAAACAAGUGCUGGCCCGAGGCCGAUUCCGUGCCCGGCUUUGUGAGAGAGAUCUUCGUUAUCAACCUCAAGGGCAGUCUUGUUUGCCCGAUUUUCUCCCCUCUUUUGUGAGCCGCUAUCCUUGACCUUCGUAGAUAUCGGCCUGCUGUUCUGCCAUAAUGGCGUCGUUGGGCGAUGACCUGCUGGUCACUGUGAAUAAGCUCCAGGACCUGGUGUUCAACACUAUUGGCAAUGAUUCCCUCGAUCUGCCUCAAAUUGUUGUGGUCGGUUCUCAGUCGUCUGGCAAGUCGUCCGUCCUGGAGAACAUCGUGGGACGAGACUUCUUACCACGCGGUAGUGGAAUCGUUACUCGCCGUCCCUUGAUCCUCCAACUCAUCAACAUCCCCAGCGAGCGCCCCGACAGGCCCGAACAUGACGAGGUCCACGUCCCGCAUACCCCCGCCAGCGUGGCGGGCCAAAAUGAAUGGGCAGAGUUUCACCACCUCCCUGGUCGCAAGUUCGAGGAUUUCUUGAUGGUCAAGCAGGAGAUUGAGGCAGAGACAGCGCGCAUCGCUGGUAGCAACAAGGGCAUCAACCGACAGCCGAUCAACCUAAAGAUUUUCUCUCCCCACGUCUUGAAUUUGACCUUGGUGGAUCUGCCGGGCUUGACCAAGGUGCCCAUUGGUGACCAGCCCUCCGAUAUCGAGAAGCAGACCCGGACUCUCAUUUUAGAAUACAUCGCCAAGCCGAACAGUAUCAUUCUCGCCGUGUCUCCCGCUAAUGUGGAUUUGGUUAACUCGGAGGCGCUCAAGCUAGCCCGCCAAGUGGACCCCAUGGGCCGAAGGACAAUCGGAGUUCUAUCUAAAUUAGACUUGAUGGAUCAUGGAACCAACGCCAUGGAUAUUCUGUCUGGUCGUGUCUACCCUUUGAAGCUGGGCUUCAUCGGCGUUGUCAAUCGCUCGCAGCAAGACAUCCAAUCUGGGAAAUCGCUUUCGGAGGCUUUGCGCGCCGAAGCGGAUUUUUUCCGCCACCACCCAGCGUAUCGAAACAUGGCAAAUCGAUGCGGUACACAAUAUCUGGCAAAGACCUUGAAUUCCACUCUAAUGGCGCAUAUUCGGGAUCGCCUGCCCGAUAUCAAGGCACGUCUCAAUACGCUGAUGGGCCAGACUCAGCAAGAGUUGGCAAGCUACGGCAACAAGCAGUUUAGCGGAAAGGAACAUCGCGGCUCUCUCAUCCUGCAGCUCAUGACCCGCUUUGCCUCAUCAUUCAUUUCAUCCAUUGACGGUACCUCUUCUGAAAUCUCAACCAAGGAGCUCUGCGGUGGUGCCCGAAUCUACUAUAUCUUCAACGAGGUCUUCGGAAACUCCUUGGAGACGAUUGACCCCACACACAACUUGACAGUUUCGGACAUCAGAACUGCCAUCCGCAACUCCACAGGUCCCCGACCCAGUCUGUUCGUGCCUGAGCUGGCCUUUGAUCUGCUGGUUAAGCCACAGAUCAAACUGCUGGAGUCACCUGCCCAGCGGUGUGUGGAAUUGGUAUAUGAGGAGCUCAUCAAGAUCUGCCACACUUGUGGCUCACAGGAACUCCUGCGGUUCCCCCGACUCCAGGGCAAGCUCAUCGAAGUCGUGUCUGACCUUCUCCGUGAGAGGUUAGGCCCAUGCUCUGGUUACGUGGAAUCUCUGAUCUCCAUCCAGAGAGCAUACAUCAACACCAACCACCCCAACUUUCCCGGCGCCGCAGCGGCCAUGCAUUCCAUCAUUCAGAGCCGACAGGAGGAUGAGCGAAAGGCUAUCCUCGCCGAGGAAAAGCGUAAGCGUGAGAAGCGACGACUGAAGGAGCUUGGGUCGGCUAAUGGUGCUGCCGUCACGCCUGAUGACGAGGACGCACAGUCCGAAGCCAAGUCUCACAACCUUCCCAUCCGCAACCAAUCUACUAAAGGUGCACGAAGCAUGUCGCCUCAUGUCGGACGGAUCGCCGAGAAUGGCAUUGCUGCUACUUUGAAUGGCUCUCAUGCCAAUCACGCGGCCGGAUUUGGUGGUUCCCACACUACUCGUGAUUCGUUCUUGAACUAUUUCUUUGGCAAAGAAGGGGGCAUUCCCAGUCCCACGCCAUCGUCUCAGACGAACCUGACACGACCGGUGACCCACCACAGCGAGCCAAGCAUUAGCCAGAGCCUUCGUCGCCCGGAGAUUCGGUCACCCGUCAUGCCUUCUGAUGAAUACCCAGCACCCCCAAGCGAGUAUGGUGGGGACAUUUCUGCAUUCCCUCAUGAAAACGCAGAGCCAACUCUAACAGAACGCGAGAUCCUCGAAACCGAGCUGAUUCGCCGUCUCAUUUCAUCUUACUUCAAUAUCGUGCGAGAGACCAUCGCCGACCAAGUUCCUAAGGCUAUCAUGCACUUACUAGUCAACCACAGCAAGGACGUUGUGCAGAACCGACUAGUCAGCGAGCUCUACAAGGAGGAUCUUUUUGGUGAACUGUUGUACGAGGAUGAUGGUAUCAAGGCCGAGCGGGAGAAGUGUGAGCGACUCUUGGAGACUUACAAAGAAGCUGCCAAGAUUGUGGGUGAAGUGCUAUAGACCUAAGAAGGGCGAUUUUAUGGUGGAAAGAACUCGCACCUUGUUUGAUUAUUGCGACGUGGCUACUAUUUUCCUUCUCAUUUUCCUCUCAAGUUACGUGGAUGUACAAUUAUAUUGGGCCUUUGAUGCACAUGUGCUCUUGAUAUACUUAGGUCUCUUCUUUUUUUUUUAUUCCGACGACGGAUCAUCUUCUCUUUUAGCCUUUGAUUGAUCCUAUCACUCCAUAUGCUUGAAUAUCUAUAUAGUCUAGGGUAUUGAUGUGAAUGGCACCAGAGCGGGCUGCUAUGCUAGUCGGAAUUGACUCCGACAUGUCCGCGCUGCUUUGAAUUCAGCAGUAUCUCAUUGGGUCUUCUUCAAGCUGGUCUUCCUCAGCCGUGCUCCCUCGAAUCCAUACAGGCCUCCGCCAAUGGUGACCAAAACUGCCCCAACAAGAACACCAGAUGCCAGAUCAUUGCCGAACAGAUAGAUCGAAAGCAAUAAAGAAACAAGCUUGCGGAUGUUCAAAACCACAGUAACCGUGAGGGAGGAAGAUUUGGCAGACAGCAGGUGGACUCCCCGAAUGCAGACGUACUGCGUCAGGGCAUUCAUAAUCAAGUAAGCCACCUGGAUUGGAAUAUUGUCGAGGACAGAUGCAACCGAUUGGUGCUUCUGAGCGGCCGCAAUUGCGGAGAAAAUAUUGUUGUCUAUAAUGCUGGAUGAAACUUCGCUAACAUUUCGAGCAGACAGUGUUGAAAGCAGCGAAGGGGUGGAUGCCACGACACGCCACUGUGAUAAUAGCUGCGGGUAGCUGGUCAAGAACAAAGGCAGCGAAAGGGCGUGCGAGUAGAACAGAGCCUCCUUCCAAUGAUCGCGGCCAUAGGUGCCAUAUAGUCGGUCCGCGUAGAUUCCCUGGAACGCGGACAGAAUCAUAGCUAGGGCAAGAAUGCUGAAUCCGGUAGCCGUGGUCAUCAAUGUCACGUCGCUACCGGUUCCUAUCUCGAUGGACUGGCCCUUGGCCUGCGCAUCGGCAAGUGCUGCGGCGGCAACGCCGGCCGUCAGCAAGGCCACGGCUAGAAUCUGGCCGCGAGAGUACCGUCUCCCGUUAUAUGCAUAUCCAACGAGCAUGGAUGCCACCGGACCACCGGACCUGAGAAUGAUAUGAAGCGGAACGGAGAUCUUAUAGGCAAAGGCCCAAUUGUUCAAAAGAUUGACCGACACGAAGUAAGCAGUAUAAACCAUCCACGAGCGGAGCGGAAUCACUCGAGGGCUCAUGAAUAAGGCACGGGGACCGGCGGACAAGGAGAGGAAAUGCGGAAGUGUAAAGAUGGCACACAGAAUGAACUGGGCGAAUGUGAUCAAGGGACCUGCGUCAGGUUAGUUUAUAUAAAAGCGAGUAUUUGAGAAAGUAGUCAUUCAAUUGAACCAUACCCGCUGUAGGUUG